CUUGGGCUUAAGCGAUUCUGUUGACUCUGCCUCCCAGGUAGCUGGGACUACAGGUGCCCACCACAAUGCCCAGCUAUUUUUCGUUGCGGUUGUCAUUAGCUGGCUGGGGCUGGGUGCGAACCCACCAGCCUCAGUGUAUGUAGCUGGCACUGUGUCCACUGUGCUAUGGGCGCCGAGCCAGAAGCCACAGCUUUUUCAGAGUAUUCACAAGUUGAUGUACAGUUAGCAAUAAUACUUUCACGUCCUCAAACAUGAAAUAUUUCAAAUGUACUUAAGAACAAACCAGGACUAAUACAUUAUUCCCGUAAUUAUCCCUAGGUCAUAGUGAAGGUGGUAAUCUUUUUCUGGCUAUGUGAAAAAAAUUUACAUGUAUUUAUACCUUUUACAAAACCAGAUGCUGGUGUCAAAUAACAUUACAGGACAACAAGGUGUAUUAAGUAAUAUAGCCAAUCAGAAUUACUUUUCAGAGAUGAAGGUGAAUUUCAUACUUUUUUUUUUGAGACAGAGUGUCAAGCUGUUGCCCUGGAUAGAGUGCUGUGAUGUCACAGCUCACAGCAACGUCAAACUCUUGGGCUUAAAGCGCUUCUCUUGCCUGAGCCUCCCAAGUAGCUGGGACCGCAGGUGCCCGCCACACCACCCAGCUAUUUUGUUUUUGUUGUUGUUGUUGUUGCAGUUGUCAUUGUUGUUUUAGCUGGCCUGGGCUGGGUUCACACCUGCCAGCCUCUGUGUGUGUGGCUGGCGCCCUACCCACUGAGCUACUGGUGACUCCUGAAGGUGAAAUUUCAUAAGACAAAGCAUUGUAUAGUUUCUGAAAUCUGGAAGUUAUAAAAGAAUCCUUAAUUGGAAAUGAUGGGAAAAGAUACUUGCAAGGACGAUUUUAUGAUGCAUGAUAUUACCUGAUUUUCUGCAAGAAAAUCAAUGAUAACAAUUUCCAUCUACUCCCAUAUUUGACCCUCUCAACAAUACUUUGAAGGAAAUUAUUAUUCUCAUCUUGUAGGUGACCAGUUUGGUCAUAGGGAGGUUAGUUAGCUUUAACUGAGUUAGUAGUGGCUGGGUGUGGUGGCUUACACCUGUAAUCCUAGCACUCUGGGACGCUGAGUUGGGUGGAUUGCUGGAGCUCAGGAGUUUGAGACCAGCUUGACCAAGACCAAGACCCUAUCUCUAAAAAUAGCUGGUGCCUGAAGUUCCUGCUACUUGGGAGGCUGAGGCAACAGGAUGACUUGAGCCCAAGAGUUUGAUUUGCUGUGAGAUGUGAUGCCACAGCACUCUACAAGUGAGUGUAGAGUGAAAAAGUAAGACUCUGUCUAGAAAAAAAAAAAAAAACUGAGUUAGUAGUUGUGCCAGGAUUCUAUUCCAGACCUUUGGAAUCAAAGUGGACCCAGAGAAUACUUUUAUAGCCAGUACAUUUAUUGCCUUUCAUUUCCCAUAAUACUCACUAUGAGAAUAACAAGCCUGGGAGCUGCAAAGGACUCUUGUGUUAGACUUGCCACUUACAGUUAGGCAGGCUGUUCCCUGCAUAAGGGGCCCUGGCUGAAGGACUAGUGCUAUGUAGCAAAGGAGGGGGUCACCGUCUAAAAAUUCUCACAGAGCAGCUUCACUGCUUUUUUUUUUUUUUUUUUUUCCCCAGUUCUGCCUUCCUCAGAAGGAGCAGGAGAAAAUGACCAAGUUUCAGGAGACAGUGACUUUCAAGGAUGUGGCUGUGGUCUUCACCAAGGAGGAGCUGGGGCUGCUGGACCCUGCCCAGAGAAAGCUGUACCAAGAUGUGAUGCUGGAGAACUUUAGAAACCUGCUGUCAGUGGGCUAUCAACCCUUCAAACUAGAUAUGUUGUUACAGUUAGGAAGCGAAGAGAAGCUUUGGAUGAUGGAGGCAGAGACCCAAGGAGAUGGGUGUUCAGAACACCGGAAUCAAAAUGAAAUAGAGUCUCUUCAAGAAGUAGGAUUAAGAUACCUUUUACAUGAAGAUCUUAUGUGCUGGCAAAUAUUGGAACAAUUUACAAGUAAAUUAACCAGAAAUGAAGACUCCAUAAUAAAUCUUCAAGGCAAGAGAUCCAGGUGGCUAAAACAAAGUGAUCCAUUCUGGAGGGAAUCAGCAGGAGAAAAUAUUCAGGUCCCUGAAGAUGAGAACUGUACAAUAAAACUUAGAGGGAAGAGUUCCAAUAGUAUCAAAAAUCAAGAGAUUCCAAUUAGUACUACCUGGGAUUUCUGGAGGAAAAUGUAUCUGAGAGAGUCCCAGAAUUAUCAGAAUAGGUGUCAGCAAAUUGAUGUGAAAGAUAAAUUCUACAAAUGCGAUCGCUGUGUAAUUAGCAGAAGGAUUUCUCACCACCGUGAUGAUAGGGGAGUAUGCAAAAGAGAGAAAGCUUUUAGCACCAAUAAUUGUGGGAAAGAUUUCAUGAAGAAAUCAUCCCAGUGUAGUGUAAUCCAGUCAGGAAAGCAAACCUCUGAUAAGAAUGGAAAAGGCUUCAAUGUUGGGUGUCAUCUUGAACUUCACCAGCAAUUGCUGUUAGGCGAGGAGCCCCUUGUAUGUAUUGAGCAUGGGAAGGGCAUAGGUUCAGUGCUUCCCAAGCAUCAGAACGUUUACACGGGAGAAAAGUGCUGUAGGAAUGAUGAGUUUGUUGAAGGCUUCAGUCAGAGCUUGCAUCUGCACCCUCCUCAGAGAUUCAGCACAGGAGAAAAAACCCACAGAUGUGAGGUAUAUGCUCAGAACUUCUCUCUUCCCACCCAUGAGCUUAUUCACCCAGGAGAGAAGCUGUAUACAUCUGGCAAGCAUGAGAAGAGUUUCCAUCAUAACUUUGAUCUUAACAUUCAGUGUGUACACAAUACUGCAGAGAGAACCUGUAAAACUGAUGUGUAUGAUAAAGUCUGCUUCAGUCAGACAUCACAACUUCAAGCCCCUCAGAGAGCCCACCCUAGAGAUAAAACAUACAAAUGGGAGGCACAUGACAGGAUGGUUAAUCAGAAUUCUGGUCUGCGUCAGACAGUUCACACUGGAGGGAAACCAUAUAAAUGCACGGUAUGUGAGAAGGGCUUCAGUAAGGCCUCAAAUCUUCAAACCCAUCAGAGAAUUCACACUGGAGAGAAACCCUACAAAUGUGAUGUGUGUGAUAAGAACUUCAGCCGUAAUUCCCACCUUCAAGCCCAUCAGAGAGUCCAUACAGGAGAAAAACCCUACAAAUGUGACACAUGUGGUAAGGACUUCUGUCAGAUCGCUCAUCUUCAGGCCCAUCAGAGAGUUCACACAGGAGAGAAGCCAUACAAAUGUGAGACCUGUGGGAAGAGCUUUAGUCAGAGUUCGCAUCUUCAAGACCAUCAGCGAGUCCACACUGGAGAGAAACCCUACAAAUGUGAUAAAUGUGGGAGGGGCUUCAGUUGGAGUUCACAUCUUCAGGCUCACCAGAGAGUCCACACAGGAGAGAAACCAUACAAAUGUGAAGAAUGUGGGAAAGGCUUCAUCUGGAACUCCUACCUUCAUGUUCAUCAGAGGAUCCACACAGGAGAGAAGCCCUAUAAAUGUGACAUGUGUGGUAAGAGCUUCAGCCAGACGUCCCAUCUUCAGGCCCAUCGGAGAGUCCAUACUGGAGAGAAACCAUACAAAUGUGCGUGUGGUAAGGGUUUUAGUAAGAGUUUGUCUUCAGGUUCAUCAGAGAGUCCAUAAUGGUCAUGAAUCCAGUAUACAUGAUGAAUGUGGUAAAGAUGUUCUUCAAGACUUGGA